AUGUAUGCGCACCUCGCGCAGAUGUUGAACCUCCUCGUGACGCCCAGCUCCGGCCCGGCGACGGUCUUCACCGACGGGCCUAUUCCCGAUAAUGACGCAAUGAAAGAGGCCCUCGGAAAGGUGGACGCACUCAAGUUCAAUGUGGAGACUGGCAAAGUCAUUCGCUUGGUGCCCGCCGUAGCUCCGGACAUCGGCGUGACUGUCGUCGUGGAGGGAGGCAAGGAGUACAAGUUGGGAUACUUAGGGCACAAACCGUAUACCGUCGUGGCUGGUAAGGCUAUGAUCACCAGGCUCGGGGCCGAGAUCGAAGAGAACCCUGUCAUGGGCGAACAUGUCAAGACUGUCGAUCCAUUGGGCUCGACAAACGUCAAGGGUGUUUUCGUUGCCGGUGAUGCGGCGACGCCGAUGAAGGCUGUUGCGAAUGCCAUCGGCACUGGUGAGCGCUACUGUCGGAGCUGGGAUCGUGCAGCAGUUGAUAAUGGAGGACAUGGAGAGGAUCUUAGCCUCGAAGAAGUCCACAUAAACACACGUCCCAGUAGCACGGCCACUGAGUUCGAUAAAACACAUCAUAUCAUUGAGAAAAUGUAUCCCCUGGAGAGCGUGAGGCAUCUGGUGGUAGAGCAGUCCCAGCUCUGUUACAUCCUCUUCGGGGCCGUUCUGGCGUAUGCAGGCUGGCGCUGGGUUCUGAGGCUUGACAUUCUCAAUGAAGCUAUAACUGACUUGAUGUCAAACCUCUUGAAUUACUAUCUCACCCGACGGUAUCCCAUCCACCACUCCGAAACGGGCCAGCAAAUUCCCGGGCGGUCCUACCGCUGGCCCAACGGACAGGGUGAUCAGGGCAAAUUCCUCGACGGCAUCGAGAACCGGGCUCAGUGGGCAAAGGAGCAUGGACGGAUUUACCGCAUCUGGGCGGGCACGACGCCAGAAGUCGUUCUUCAGACGCCUGAACAUAUAAAGCUGGUGUUCCGCGACUCAGACCGGCAUUCCAAAGCGGUGAACAAUGACUCGGGCUAUCUGAUGGGACAGGUUCUGGGACAAUGUCUGGGCCUCAUCAGUGGAGGAGAUUGGCGGAGAGUUCGAGAAGUCUGUGAAGCCGCCUUUACUCACAGCAAGGCCAUCAACUAUCUCGAUCUCAUACACUCCAGGGUUGGCGACUACCUCCAAAAAUGUACCGCCCUGCAGCGCGGCACGCUCAACCCAGCAGACGACUUCAAAUUCCUCCCGUUCCUGGUCGUCGGAGAUAUCCUGUACGGACACAUGACGCAGGAGAUGGAGGACGAACUGCGCCAGAUGGCUCCUCUCCGGGAACGUCUGUUCCAAUUCGUGAUCAGGGGCGGGCUGGCCAGAUACACAUGGUCCCAGUAUCUGCCCACAGAGGCAAACCACGCCUUACGGGAGUUCCGCUCGCGGUGGGUAGCGUUCAACCAAGCCGCCUAUUGCCGAGCCAGGGAGCGUGGUGCCACCGCAACGCCCGUGUAUCAACUGUUCACGGCAGUAUCCGAUGGGAUGAUUACAGCUGCAAAUGCCUACCAAACGCUGGAUGAGAUGCUCUUUGCAAAUCUAGACGUCACCUUGGGCGGUUUGUCGUGGAAUCCGGUCUUCUUAGCCGCCAACCCGGCCGUUCAGGAGGAGCUCUAUGAGAACAUCACCGCUGCGCAGGAGGCGGAGGGGCCCGCGAUGCCCAUGUAUCUGCAAGACAGUUCCACCUAUCUCGCCGCAUGUAUCCUAGAGUCGUCCCGUCUUAAACCGCUGGCCGCAUUCUCGGUUCCCCAAGCGGCGCCGACAGCGCGCGUUCUGGAUGGUUAUGUCAUUGCCGGAGGGACAAACUACAUUGUCGACGCCUACGCACUGAACGUCGAGCACGAGUUUUGGGGCCCUGAUCGCCAUGAAUAUCGGCCUGGACGUUUCCUAGGGGUGAAGGGGGCCGAUCUACGCUAUCAUAUGUGGCGAUUUGGGUUCGGGCCUCGCCAGUGCCUGGGCAAGUACGUUGCUGACCUCAUCCUUCGCGUUUUCCUUGUUCACCUUGUCCGCAAUUGGAGGCUGGGGUUUGAAGACGGCCAGAUUGCGGACUCGAGGGAGUGGAAGCGCGAUCUAGACGCUUGGAUUACACAUCCUACGAUCGAGCUGACCUGUACACCACGGGGCGCUCGUGCAUAG